UACACGAAAUAUUUACAAUAGUCUUUCACUCGAGCUAAAAACAAUAUAGACGUUUAAUUGUAAAAUAAUAAUAAUAAGUGGUACAUAUAUUUGUAUUUAGAAAUACGAUGGAAACGAGCAUAGUUGAGACAUCCUUCAAUGUUAAAGAUGUCUUCAGGUUUUCACAGGCUCCAGUCGGGGAGAAAGACCUGAAAGUAGAAGAGUUGUUAAGUGAACUCAGAAAAUUACAACAAGUCAAGCUGCUUCUUGAAGACGAGCUGAAGGAGGCCGCCUUGCUAAGAAAUACAUUGCGUGAUGAAGACAAUGCAUUGACUGCUGAGAUUGUAAAGCUGCAAGGAGUUUUGAAUGAAAAAGAAGAGACACACAGAUCUCUUCAGUUCAAAUGCGAGGAACUAGAACAAGAGUCACAAAAGCAGGUUGAACUGAAACAACAGAAAGAGGAUCUUGUGCAACAGUACAGAUGUCAGAUUCAGGAAACCAAACUCAGAUACAGGAAAAUUCGGAUAAAGUUUGAAAAUCAACUUCAGCAGCUGAUUGGACAACAUAAGCACUUGUACUCUAUGUUUACUCCAGAGAGACUCCCUAAUGAAGUACAAUCUGCUGAAUACACCACAGAACAGUUGCUAAAAGCUGAAAAUCAGAAGUCGGAGCAGUUGGCAAAGGUGCAGGAAGAGCUGACUAAUACCCAGAGCACAAAUAUGCAUUCAAAUGCUGUGACAGAUGCAUGGUGAAUCUUUUUUUACAUGUCAUACAUACCUGUAAAUGAUAAGAUAGUCACACAUCUAUUCAUACAAAUGUGUAUUUCUUGCUCUGUCAAGUUGUACAGACUGGACCAACGCUACAGAAAUGUUACAGUUGUUUUUUUCAUUGUUAGGUUUUUUUUUUUGAGUGCAUUUAAAUAAAA